AUGCCUUUCAGUGACCAUAAUCCUCGAUUGAAUUUCCUCAAGGAGUCUGCUAGCACCUUGAGCACGAUCAGCCCUUCUACGGCGGCUCAUCUGAUGAUGGUCCAUAAUCACAUUUUUCGGGAUGAAUGCAAGCCAUUGAACCAGCGCCAACAGGAGACUUCUUGUGGUGCCUGUGGGAGCAUCAGGACUCCCGAAACCACGAAAACUACUCGUAUCCAAAAGAAGAAGAGCCUGAAACGAGCCUCUGCAGCGAAAGGAAUUGAUGCUCAUGGAGCCACGGUCUACAAAUGUCUUCGGUGCCAUCGACGCACAGUCAAACCCUCUCGAAUGGAGGCGACGCGACCUCCUGUCCCCUCUCGGGUGAAUGCUGCAACCAAAUCUAGCCUAGAUUCCCCACAGGCUGCGUCUACAGGGGAUUCCUCUUCGAAGCAGGUCACCGAGGCUGCAGAAGUCGCCCAGCCCGGUAAGGCGGCAGACAAUGCCAGCAGUAAGAAGAGGGCCAAAGCCCGAAAGCAGGGAGGAUUGCAAGCUCUGUUGGCCUCUAAGCAAAAGUCCCAGGCCAGUUCAUCGUCAUUGGAUCUUUUUGAUUUCCUGCAGCAGUGA